AGAAUUCGCGACGACAAUUGUCGACACGACCAAAAACUUUUCGAGACUCAAAAGGACCUUAUUUUGACCUCUUCUAGAUACAUAAGACCUAUUUUGUCCCACGAGAAACCAUUUUUGGAACUCGUAGAUAUCUAUGUGAUGUAUUAGAAGCCAAGAAGACCCUGUCCAGCACCAUGGACCAUCUCCUCUUCUUGGCUCAGGAGAGGAUGGAAUGGUUGCAGGUGACUCUCCACUCAGGAUCGAGGAGCUUCUCGCACAGCCUCGCCUCCGUGAGAGACGGUGCGAGAGGCUUCUACCUUGAAUCUGUGAAUGCCGUCAAGAAUCAGAGACUGAGUGGAGAGCUGGUUGAGAAGGUGCGAGGAUGGCUCAUGAAAUUAAAGGAAGUGCUGGAUGACUUCAGGCCCUCAGAAUUGUACAACAGAUUAUGGGUAUUUUUAUUAACAGAAGUGACCCGAACGCACAUGUACUUCGGAGGCGUAUGUUUCCUCUUUGGGGGCAUCAUAGGCAUAACAGUAGGCAUGAAACUCCGCAACAGUGUAGUUGCACCGCAGCGAAUGAGAGCAGUAGUCACCAACAGCUACAGAGGAAUUGAGGCUAUUGGAGUUGUGGAGGAUGUGGUGGCACCUAGGAUCGUGCAGCCAAAUCAAGUGCUGGUGCAGGUGAAGGCGGCAGGGAUCGACUACCUCGACAUCAAAGUGGCAGAAGGAUACGGACGUGUGCUCAGACGGCAACUCAAUAAGUACAAUCCAAAUACAGAAGGAGAGUUUCCGGUUGUGUUGGGAAGAGACUGCUCGGGGAUUGUUGUUGCUGUUGGGAAAAAUGUGAGCAAGGUGGAACAGGGGAAUGAGGUUUGGUUGGCCUGCCCUUUCUACCACCCAGGGACCUUAAGUGAAUAUGUUGUUGUGGCUGAUGACCUUGUGGCCCCCAAACCCUCACAGCUGACCUUCGAAGGGGCAGCCGCCUUGCCCUACAGUAUUAUGACAGCCUGGGAUGCCCUGGUGACACAGGGUGGCCUGGGACCUGACUCCACUGCAGGCAAGAGGAUUUUGGUGCAUGCCGGUGUGUCAGGUGUUGGUGUCGUGGCUAUACAGUUAGUGAGGGCUUGGGGUGGCCACGUGACAACAACGGUGUCUUCGCGUGCUGCUCCUCUGGCCCACAUGCUUGGUGCUGAUGACGUCAUCACAUAUGACAAUUCAAACUUCGACAAGGAGCUAAUGCUAAGAGAGAAGUACGAUGUCAUUUUAAACACUGUAGGUGAGGUGCUACAUGAAUCGUGCUUGAAACAUUGUGUUCCCGGAGGACUGGUUGUCACUGCCACGUCAUCUCAGCUUGCGUCGGAUUCUUAUGGUUAUGUGACAGGGGCCCUGUACUCCCUUGGCAUGAGGCUGCGUUAUUGGUUCACUCAGGCUCCAUGGCUAACAGGCGGGCGAUGGGGCACCCUAGAGGUAUGUGGGCAUGUCCUGGAGAGUGUGGCACCCCUUGUUGAAGCAGGACGCUUGCAGGCUGUGGUGGACAAGGCCUAUUCCGCCCAGGAUGCAGAAGUGGCAUUUGCGCAUGUCGCUAAGGGAGAACAGAUUGGCAGGACUGUGGUGCGAUUUAGUAAUAAUCCCCCUGUUAGGAAUCUAGGAAUGGCUUUCUGGCAAGACCACUAGCUUCUCGAAUGGAAGGGUCAAUGUAAAGUAAUCUCAUUUAGAAGGAAAACUUGAAAAAUUCAGUGUCGGAGAAAUUCAGUGACUCUUUGGGCAGAAUUCAAGAUUAACCAAGAAAUUUUUGCACUCGUGUUGGGAGGGAAUCUAUUUUUGUAUUUGGAGUGUUUCAUGUACAAAAGGGUUUGAAGACAUAUGUGUCAAGUGAAAGGAAAACAUCUGUUGGAAUCUUUGUCUUAUUUCAUUUUUAUUUUAUUAUUGUUUAUUUUUGUGUUAAUCCUUUGUGCUGUUAAGAUAUGACAUACAUGCCAUGUUCACUGUGAGUAUAGUUAACUGAUUGCUGAUUACACAUAAAUGGCUAUACAUGUGCUUAGUCACUAAGGAGUCUAUUACUAGGCUUACCUAUCUCACUUAUUUACCCUUUUCCUUAAUAUUUGAAAAGAAUAUAU